AUGGAGGAGUAUCGCUACUACGCAUCUUCUGCUCGCAAAGUAGCAGCUGCAGUUUGGAUAGCUCUGAUUGCGCUGUUAGGGUAUGCCUGCGCCGGCGCUGGAGCGCAAUGCGGCAGUGAAGCGCCCGUCGAUACCGUGCCUUGUCGUAACUACGAGCAGUGCGUGGACAAAGUCAUCACCGCGCUGCAGAAUGCAACGCCCAACAAAAAGGACUUGAGUUACACCAGGAUAUACCCGCGUGGCACCUUCGGCGGCGUCACAGGUUCCGCCAGUUGUGUCCUGGGGACCGAACUCCAACACUGCCAAGAGUGUCUUGUUGGUGCCAAGGCCGUGCUGGAUGGCUGCAAAUCUUACGCCGCCGCUGGCUCUUUCGUCGGAGACGUCUGUACCAUGACAUAUGCCCAGUUCCUCCCUCAUGAAUAA